CCCAGAUAAAGUAUUUUUGUAAAGAUUUAGCGCCCCCUAUAAUUCAGAUAGUUAGCAGCUGGCAACAGUGAAUGUCGACCAUCGGCAAGUAUUUGGAAUGUCUAUGGUUAUAUGAUAAGUUUUCAUAGUUUAAUUAAAGAAAUCAAGUUGGAAUUAUUUUAGUCAACAUGUCUGCUUCUGCAAUUUAUGUUCUUGAUUUAAAAGGCAAGGUGUUAAUUUCACGAAAUUAUAGAGGUGAUAUUGACAUGUCUGUAAUAGAUAAAUUUAUGCCAUUGUUAAUGGAAAAAGAGGAAGAAGGAUGCAUGAGUCCAAUUUUGUCACACAAUAGUGUUACAUUUAUGUACAUUAAAUAUAACAAUUUAUAUCUUGUGGCCACAACAAAGAAAAAUGCAAAUAUUGCUCUUGUGUUUGUUUUUCUUCACAAAAUUGUACAGGUUUUCAUUGAAUAUUUCAAAGAAUUGGAGGAAGAAAGUAUUCGUGAUAAUUUUGUUAUCAUAUAUGAACUUUUAGAUGAAUUGAUGGAUUUUGGUUAUCCUCAAACAACUGAUAGUAAAAUAUUACAAGAAUACAUUACUCAAGAGAGUCACAAAAUGGAAAUUCAACCACGACCUCCUAUGGCUGUUACAAAUGCAGUUUCAUGGAGAUCUGAAGGAAUUAAAUAUCGUAAAAAUGAAGUCUUUCUUGAUGUCAUUGAAUCUGUUAAUUUACUAGCAAAUGCUAGUGGAAAUGUACUAAGAAGUGAAAUUGUUGGUUGUAUAAAGAUGCGUGUUUAUCUUUCUGGAAUGCCUGAAUUAAGAUUGGGACUUAAUGAUAAAGUAUUAUUUGAAAGUACAGGACGUGGUAAAAGCAAGUCUGUUGAGUUGGAAGACGUAAAAUUCCAUCAGUGUGUGCGUUUGUCACGUUUUGAGAAUGAUCGAACAAUUUCCUUUAUUCCACCAGAUGGCGAAUUUGAAUUAAUGUCUUAUCGUUUAAAUACACAUGUAAAACCGUUAAUAUGGAUUGAAUCUGUGAUUGAACGCCAUGCUCAUAGUAGAGUAGAAUACAUGAUUAAGGCCAAAAGCCAGUUUAAAAGACGAUCAACUGCUAAUAAUGUUGAGAUUGUUAUUCCUGUUCCACAUGAUGCAGAUUCACCGAAAUUCAAAACAACAGUUGGAAAUAUAAAAUAUGCACCUGAACAGAAUGCAAUUGUCUGGAGUAUAAAAUCUUUUCCGGUAAUAUUUUCAUUUACGUGGUAUAAAAUAUAUUAUCUUGUAUGUAUGCCAAGAAUUGCACUGAAGUUUGUAGAAAGGCAGAAUGCUUCAACCAUUGCUGAUGUGGAUAAUGAGGCAUUGGCAAAUGCUAGUGGAAAUGUACUAAGAAGUGAAAUUGUUGGUUGUAUAAAGAUGCGUGUUUAUCUUUCUGGAAUGCCUGAAUUAAGAUUGGGACUUAAUGAUAAAGUAUUAUUUGAAAGUACAGGACGUGGUAAAAGCAAGUCUGUUGAGUUGGAAGACGUAAAAUUCCAUCAGUGUGUGCGUUUGUCACGUUUUGAGAAUGAUCGAACAAUUUCCUUUAUUCCACCAGAUGGCGAAUUUGAAUUAAUGUCUUAUCGUUUAAAUACACAUGUAAAACCGUUAAUAUGGAUUGAAUCUGUGAUUGAACGCCAUGCUCAUAGUAGAGUAGAAUACAUGAUUAAGGCCAAAAGCCAGUUUAAAAGACGAUCAACUGCUAAUAAUGUUGAGAUUGUUAUUCCUGUUCCACAUGAUGCAGAUUCACCGAAAUUCAAAACAACAGUUGGAAAUAUAAAAUAUGCACCUGAACAGAAUGCAAUUGUCUGGAGUAUAAAAUCUUUUCCGGCAAAUGCUAGUGGAAAUGUACUAAGAAGUGAAAUUGUUGGUUGUAUAAAGAUGCGUGUUUAUCUUUCUGGAAUGCCUGAAUUAAGAUUGGGACUUAAUGAUAAAGUAUUAUUUGAAAGUACAGGACGUGGUAAAAGCAAGUCUGUUGAGUUGGAAGACGUAAAAUUCCAUCAGUGUGUGCGUUUGUCACGUUUUGAGAAUGAUCGAACAAUUUCCUUUAUUCCACCAGAUGGCGAAUUUGAAUUAAUGUCUUAUCGUUUAAAUACACAUGUAAAACCGUUAAUAUGGAUUGAAUCUGUGAUUGAACGCCAUGCUCAUAGUAGAGUAGAAUACAUGAUUAAGGCCAAAAGCCAGUUUAAAAGACGAUCAACUGCUAAUAAUGUUGAGAUUGUUAUUCCUGUUCCACAUGAUGCAGAUUCACCGAAAUUCAAAACAACAGUUGGAAAUAUAAAAUAUGCACCUGAACAGAAUGCAAUUGUCUGGAGUAUAAAAUCUUUUCCGGGUGGUAAGGAAUAUUUAAUGCGUGCACAUUUUGGAUUACCCAGUGUGGAAAGUGAAGAGACAGAAGGAAAACCACCCAUACAAGUUAAAUUUGAAAUCCCAUAUUUUACAACUUCUGGAAUCCAGGUGAGAUAUCUGAAAAUAAUCGAGAAAAGUGGUUAUCAAGCUCUUCCUUGGGUGAGAUAUAUUACACAGAAUGGAGAUUAUCAGCUAAGGACACAUUAAACAUAUUUUAAAAAUAAACAUUCCUUUAGCUAGAGCUUGGUUAUAAUUUAAGGAAAAAUAAACAAGAAUAUUUAAUAAGUUUUGUAUAGCAAAAAUAUUAAUUAAUUUUGAGAGUAAAUAAAACUGGGGAUUUUUAAUGAAUUUUUUCAAUUUGUUUCGUAUCACAUUGUCAAAUGUACAUAAUAUGUUGAAAUAAACAUUUAAUCUUGAAAUAAUAA